AUGCCCAAGUUCCGGACAAGGCUGUACAAAACCGAUAGAGCUCGAGACUUCGAGCAUGAACAGGACCGCCAUGUCCGCAUGCGACAGAUCUAUGACACAAUCGAUCGGCAGUCAUACCAAUGGAUUGUAGUAUUCGUGGCAGGAGUUGGCUUCUUUCUUGAUGGCUAUACCCUGUUCGCAAGCAACAUGGCCCUCCCCAUGGUGGCCUACGUUUAUUGGAGAGAUGAAACGUCUUCCAUGAAGCUGACCUACAUCAACAUCGCUACUCUGGCCGGUACAUUACUGGGUCAAGUACUGUUUGGGUACCUGGCCGAUCGUAACGGUCGCAAGAAGAUGUACGGAGUGGAACUGGUACUUAUGAUUGCUUCUACAUUAGGCGUGGUCAUGUCCUCAACCGGCGAACAUCAAAGCAUGAAUGUAUUUGCCUGGCUCAUCUGGUGGAGGAUCCUGGUCGGGGUCGGGGUUGGAGCCGAUUACCCUCUCAGUGCUGUGAUCACAUCCGAGUUUGCCCCUACGAAGCAUCGAGCACGGAUGAUGGCAACAGUUUUCUUCAUGCAGCCACUCGGCCAGAUCGCAGGGAACCUCGUGUCUCUAAUCGUCGUCGCCGUCAGCAAGAAGCAAGGAUACGACGACCUCACACGCACGGUAGACAUCAUGUGGAGAUGGGUCGUUGGUAUCGGAGUGAUUCCCGGCGUAGUCGCAACCGUUUUCCGCUUUGCCAUCCCAGAGAGUCCUCGGUUUAUAUUUGAGGUCGAAGACGAUCCCGUGAAAGCCGAAUUCGAUGCAACUACCCUGUUCAACGAGCCCACAUCCACACUCUCCCCAUCCUUCGAAAUCGACAGUUGGCACCACCUUCCUGUCCCCGCCGUCUCCCUCGCCGCCCAGUCCAUCAGCGACAGCAGAUCGCUCUCGCAGACCGAAUUUCUCCAGCCCGCGACCCUCAAUUCCCACUGGGACCUCACGCGCCGCGACAUCAUCCAGUACUUCUGGACGGAAGGAAACUGGCGCACCCUAGCCGCCACCUCUCUCUCCUGGCUCCUCCUUGACUUCGGCUUUUACGGAAUCGGUCUCUCGAGUCCCCAAUUCCUCGCUAAAACCUGGGAUUCCCUGAACAUCCACGGUCGGGUUCCCCCUUGGCAAACAGACGAUUCCCCGGACGCAGACAUCUACAAGAUGUUUCUGAACAGUUCCACCCACGCCCUGGUCAUCCUCAACAGCGGCAGCUUCCUAGGCGGACUGGCGCUGAUCCUAGUCAUCCACCGACUAGAUCGCGCUGCGUUACAGAAAUAUGGAUUCCUCGCAUUAGCCGCGCACUUCAUCGCCCUCGGCACGAUGUUCAUAACCGUGCACAAGGAAGGACCCGUCGCAAUCGCCCUGUACAUUAUCGGACAGGCCCUCUUCAACUUCGGUCCCAACGCAACAACCUACAUCCUCCCCGCUGAACUCUUCCCCACCCGCUACCGCGCAUCCUGCCACGGAAUCAGCGCCGGGGCCGGUAAACUCGGCUCCAUCCUCGUCCAGAUCUUCUCGGCCUACUACAACUUCGGCACAGGCGUCGGCGACGAUCCCACCAUUCGACACGGCUGGGUCCUCAUCGUGUUCAGCGCUUGUAUGAUCCUCGGGGCGGCCGUCACGCAUUUCUGGAUCCCGGCUGUGCAGAUGAAGGUGGCUCACGGGAAAGGAAAGGAGAAGUUGUGGGGAGGGAAGCCGGAGACAUUGGAGCGGUUGGCGUUGGGGAGACUGGUCUUUUAG